AUGGAGAUGCAGAAGUACAGCCUGUACUCUGCUCCUAGUCUGCGAUGUGGGAAGGAAACAGACCUUGUGCCCGUGUGUGAAACCUGUGAGACCUGUGUCUUGGCCUGGAGGAUAUUUUCCACCAAGGAGUGGUUCCUGCGAGCCGGCAUGCUCACCCAGAGGAAGUUCCUGCUGGGCAUCAUCAAGCGUUUUGACAGUUUCAGUUUACUCAGCUACACCGAGAAACUUCUGAGGGUGACUCAGGAGAAGGAUUUCACUUAUGUGCGCUCCCAAAUCAGCUACAGCCUCAGAGAUUGGAACAUCUCCAGUUCCAAUGGAGCUUUAGAUCCACAAAGGCUAGAGCAAGAGAUGCAGGACACGUGGUGGUGGUUUGCAAAAAGCAGCUACUGGACUAAAACAAACUACAUUCUGCUCUUACUGAAACUGUGUGAUGCCAAGUUACUGUUUACAGCAGCUGACCUGGUGCGAGAGCAAAUUAUCCUUGUGAGAACAGAUAAAGAAGACACAGAUGAAUCACCUCCUACAGCCCUAAACAGCGUCAAAAACUACAGUCAUCCUCAACCCAGCUGCCGGAUUCAUUUUGCUUUCCAAUCUGUUGACACUUCAUCUGCAGCCCUUGCAAGCAGAGUCUCAUCUGCAAAAAUCAACCAGUUUGGUGGUCAGCUAUCAACAGUGUCUGUCUGUCCCCUAAACAGUGAGUAUGUCUUCCAGAAGGGUCCUGGUAUGGUGGAUAAGUCAUCUGUUGUGUCCUCAGUUGCUCCAGGUGCCACGGUGGUUCCGUCAUCUCUACAGUCAAUCUCCCAUAUCAACAAGUACAAGGACUUCAUUCGCUACCUGCCAAUUCACCUGUCCAAGUACAUCCUGGGGCUUCUGGAUCGAAAAUCCCUCAACACAUGUGCAGCUGUGAGUAAAUGUUGGGCUUUCCUGGCCAAGGAAGUCAAGAGGGAACAUAUGUCAGAAAAAAUAAUACAGGAGGAGAUCCUGUUUUUGCAGGGAUCAUGCCCUAGGGGAGUGGUUUCCAACUAUGCUAAAAUAGUCAAUGUGACAAUUCCACGGUUAAACAAAGCAGGAGAUGUCAUCCAAGUGAAAGACCACAAAUGGAGCAGUAAAAUGAAGCUGGAGGAGGAGGAAGAAGAUAAUCUGCAAUUAGCUUAUCAUGGCCUGCAAACUAACACCAUCCAGCUGGAAGAGAGAAAUGUCUUCUGUGGCUCCUACAACAUUCGUGUCCUCACGGACCAAUCAGACCCAAACAGAGUAAUUCACUACAGUGGUGGAAACUUGGUAGCUGUUGGCUCUGCAGACCGAAAAGUGAGGUUUCUUGGUGUGCUGGAAAUGAAAGAAGUGCCUCCUCUGCUCUCUGGCCAUGCUGGGAGCAUCAAAGCACUGUACCUCAAUGAGAAGGAAGGAUUUGUUCUCAGCGCAAGCUUUGAUCUCAGCAUCAGAUGCUGGGAUAUAUACAGUGGUGUUUGUAUGAAAAUCUUCAAUGGUCACUCAGGGACCAUCACUUGCCUGGAUUUAUACAAACAUAAGUUUGUGUCAGGAGCCAAAGAUGGGAUGGUAAAAGUAUGGGAUUUGGAAAGCAGGAAAUGCCUCAAGACUCUGAAACACAACAAUAUUGUUUGGGUAGUUAAAAUGGAUAGCACCCGCAUUGUCAGUGGUUGUGACAAGGGACUUGUGAAAGUCUGGUAUGCUGACACUGGAACUCUGAUCAAAGUAUUAGAAGGGCACCAAGGUCCAGUUAAGUGCUUGUCCUUUGAUCAGUGGCACUUAGUUACGGGCAGCACUGAUGGAUAUGCCCUGGCAUGGAGCAUGUUGGGAAACCAUAAGAGAGGCCUAACAGCUUUCCGCCACCCAAAAGGAGUUCUGUUCCUGGAGUUUCUCUAUCUCAGAGUCAUCAGUGGCUGUGCUGAUGGAAAGAUUCGUAUAUUUAACUUCCUGACGGGGAGCUGCCUGAAAGUGAUGAGGGCUAAUAGCAGAGGGGACCCCAUAUCCUCUUUCUGUGUUGCAGAAAAUAGGAUGGUGAUCAAUGCACUGAGCUGUCUGCUGAUGUUCCAAUUUGAGGAUGUCAAGUGGAACUAUAUGUUAAAGACUGACCGGGAGAUGGCAGGGAAGAAAAAGGAACAGCGCAAAGGGCCUUCAAACAAAAUACCGGUUCACUUUCAGCAAACUAGUACCCUGCCCAAGAUCACAAGAACUAUGCUUGACUUCAACUAUAUUCAGUGUUUGUUUGUUUGUUUGAAAACAGACGGUGAAUCUGAAUAUGGCUCUUCCCUCUAUGCACCUGCACAUGCCGACAGGACAGAAGCCACUUUACAGUAUAAAAAGCAAAGGGGCCCAAGCUGUCCAAUGUCCCCUAACCAGAUACUCUUAACUGUGAACACACUGCAGAAUAGCUGUAAGUCAGCACUAGUCGGCACCAGUAUUCAGCAUACUCCAACAGUCACAGAAGCGUGGGAACCUUCACUGCAUCAGCAAGAACACUCUGAAAAAAUGAAAAUAUAUAAAACCCCCAUGCAGCACAAAAAGGAUCAGUCAGUCCAGCUCCAACACAUGAGAUCUGACAGUGACUCUUUGACCACGAAAAGAAUUUCGACACCCUUUGAAACCAAAAAGCUGCAGCUCAAGCUAAUAAACUCUUUGCACGGACCCACUGUGAAGUCCUCCAUUCCUGCUCCCUCCAUUGUACGUCCCAAGUCAUACUGUGGCAUGCCGGAAGAAAAGCAAGCUCACAGUGGCUAUGGUAAAGUCAUUCCCCUACCUGACGUUGGGGUUCAGCUUAUCGGCCACUUUACAACUUCCUCUGAACCAAUUAAAUCAACACCCAUGAUUGUACAAGUGAAAACUAAACCGGUUUCCAGGAAAAAAAAGCCCUUUCUUCAAUAUGCUGCAGACCCUUAUCGGAUUAACAGUGGAUUCAAGCUUCUGACAAGAAAACAGAGGGUGGCAUAUCAGAAAGCUACAACAGUUCAGUAUCAGUCAAACCAGACAAAACUCAUAGAAGACCAACAAAAAGUGCGCAAGAAGGCCUGGUUAAGGAAAAUUAGAGGCCUUCCUAUAGAUUCUUUUACCAAGGAGGGGAAAAUAGCUGCUCCUGAACUUGGCCUCAAUACAUUCAUCUGA